AGUUCUUUAUUCAGGAUGAAGGCAAUGCCGGCUGAGCUGCCGGGGCGCAGUGGGUCACUUGUGUUCAGAACUCUCAGGCAGCGGGAGAAUAAAGUGUCUAUUUGUGUUUCGUGCUCAUUUUUCGGUCUAUGUUGUUGUGUGUUGUCGGGAAGAUCGUUUGGUGUUGGUUCUUGGGUAGUGUUGUUGGGGUUAUGUGGGGGUGGGGGUGUGUUUCGUGUUUGAGUGCGCCUGGUGGGGCUUUGUGGUUGCUGUUGGGGUUGCCAGUUGUAGGCAGUUCCACUUCCAAAAGACCCAGACUGGUCAUUGGGGGGACCUCCCAGUGGUACGAGGCGGUCCCUCUCCGUGGUCUGGGAGGCAAGCACUGUGACCGACAGAAAGACCGAAUGUUGGGAGGUUUUGUUGUGUAUUGGAGGUGAUUGUGCUACUAAGACUACGUUAUGAUCAUUAUGUAGACUUAGAAAGGGCUUAUCCUGGCCCGUUUAACAGUGGACUAUGUUAGCGUGUUUGAUGAAAUGCAGUUCCUGUGAC